UGUUAAUAUAUUGGCUAAUAAGAAAUUUAUAGGUAGACACUGAUCAAGCUUUGGUACGAGUAAGAAAUACAAAACGCGUUGUUGUUGCAUCGACAGUUGAAGAAAUGCUUAAAUUGGCAUGUAUGAGAAGUAAAAAGAAGUAUACCGUAUUCCAAGGUGAAGAUGAGUAUAAAACAAUAGAUCAGACUGAAUGUUAUUUAACUCCAACUGGAAAAUCCUAUUUAAACACAUGGAUGGCUUCCGGCAUUGUGAAAAAUUUUAAAUAUAAAAGGACCAUUGAUCUCGGGAUACUCAAAUUAAAAGAAGUUGGAUUGUGGGAUGCGUUAACAGAUCGUUGGUUAAGAGAGAGACACCAACAUGAUGAUAUCACGACACUAGAAGCGAUUGGGAUGAAUCAAGUUUCUUUAAUAAUUUUAAUAAUGUGCUGUGGAGUGAUAAUAGCUUUCGUUAUUUUUAUAAUCGAAAAAAUCGUAUAUGCUUAUAAAUGCAAACUAUCAUAAUUUUUUGAUUGUACUCUCAUGAAGAUUUUACAAAAGAUUUAUUUUGCCAACAGUUAUUUAACUUGUAUUCGAAAAUUCUAUUAGAUUGUUGCGACUGGGUGUAGCCCGUGUAGCCUUUGAUCAUCCCGGCAUUUUGCAGUUGGAUGCCGGAAAUUGAUAUCGAACAAGAAAAAGUCACUCGUUGACGACGGAGAUUGUUAAUUUUGCUGAGUAAAUAAAGUCUGAAUUUUUUUGUAAA